AUGAAGCCGGAUAUUGUAACUGAUGAUUCAAAACACUCCACUUUUAUUCCACCGGUUGAGUUAAGUUCGAUCACGAACUCAGUGACCGUGGUCGGUAACUAUGACAUAACCCAUGUCACGCAGUCGGAUAUGUUGGGCGAGGCUAUUCACUGUUCACCUUACUCUCCACGAUUGAAUCUUGCUAGUACGAUAACUGAAAAGUUGUCGGCAAUGGAUCCUGUCGGUCUAGGUCCGCUCCAGGCUCACGAUAUUGCUGGGGAUGCUGAUCCCAACAAGCCUGAUAGCCAAUGGACGCUACACGACAUGGUAGAACCUGCAAAAACAGCAUCCGAGUGGCCGUUGAUCCUGUUACAUUAA